CUGCCCGGGCAGCAGGGCCUGGCCUGGAGGAGCGGCUCUUUCAGCAGGUGCGGGACCACUUCAGCUUCGAGACCUGUGGCAACGAGACCUUCCCGCAGCGAUAUCUGGUCUCAGCAAAGUUCUGGAAGAAAGGAUUUGGACCUAUCUUUUUCUAUACUGGCAAUGAAGGUGACAUCUGGACUUUUGCUCAGAACUCCGACUUCAUAUUUGAGUUAGCAGAGGAACAGCAAGCACUUGUGAUUUUUGCUGAGCAUAGGUACUAUGGGAAAUCUCUUCCAUUUGGACUUGAGUCAACACAGCUGAAGAAGACCAGUUUGCUUACUGUGGAACAAGCCCUCGCUGACUACGCAGUGCUAAUUACUGAGCUUAAGCAGCAGUAUGGUGCUGCAGACUGCCCUGUCAUUGCUUUUGGAGGCAGCUAUGGAGGAAUGCUGAGCGCAUACAUGAGAAUGAAAUACCCAAACGUUGUGGCCGGAGCAUUAGCUGCCAGUGCUCCUCUGUUGUCUGUGGCUGGACUUGGAGACCCCACCCAGUUCUUCAGAGAUGUGACAGCAGAUUUUCAGAAGUCUAGCCCAGGCUGCGUCACAGCUGUCCGCAAAGCCUUCCAGCAGAUUAAGGAUCUGUGUCUGAGUGGAGCCUAUGAUGAAAUCAGCAGCAAAAUGGCCACAUGCAAUAAGAUCUCUAACAAGGAGGAUGUUUACCAGCUCUUUGGGUUUGCUAGAAAUGCCUUCACCAUGAUGGCCAUGAUGGACUACCCUUACAAAACUGAUUUCAUGGGUCACCUCCCUGCCAAUCCAGUGAAGGUUGGCUGUGAACAAAUCCUUGCCCACACAGACCCAAUUCAAGGCCUGGCUGCUCUUGUUGGGGUGUUUUACAACUCCUCUGGCUCAGCACGGUGUUACGACAUAUACCAGCUGUACCGGUCCUGCGCUGACCCCACGGGCUGCGGCAUUGGCUCAGACGCCGAGGCCUGGGACUACCAGGUUUGCACCGAGAUCAACUUAACUUUCAACAGCAACAACGUGACCGACAUGUUCCCUGAGAUGCCCUUCACAGAGGCCAUGCGAGAGCAGUACUGUUGGAGCAAAUGGCAUGUGAGGCCACGAGCACACUGGCUGCGGACAAAUUUUUGGGGAGGAGACCUGCAAAGUGCAAGCAAUAUCAUUUUUUCAAAUGGAGACUUGGACCCGUGGGCUGGAGGUGGGAUAAAUAGCAGCCUCAGUCCCUCACUAAUUGCAAUGACCAUUAAAGGAGGCGCUCAUCACCUGGAUCUCCGAGGACACAAUCCAGCUGACCCCCCAUCUGUCACAGAGGUGCGCAAGCUUGAAGCAAGCAUCAUCAAUGGCUGGGUGAAAUCUGCAGGGAUGGAAAGAGCCCAAGAGAAGCGCUCGAGAGCCUCACCAGGCAGAUGGCUGUGA